AUGGGGCCUGGUGUUGGAUGGCAGACGCCCGAGCGCCCGGCCGAUGCUCGCUUUGCCAGUUCUGAGCUGGGCCAGCUCUUUGCUUCGAAGACGUCCGUUCCCCGGUUGUGGGACAGUGGUGUGGCUGACAAAAGUGAAACGGUUCACGCAUGGGAGGUUUCCGAUCAGCUGCUGCAGAUCCGGCAGGACGUGGAGUCCUGCUACUUCGCGGCCCAAACCAUGAAGAUGAAAAUCCAGACCUCAUUUUACGAGCUCCCGACGGACUCUCACGUCGCUCUGCGGGACUCUCUGCUCUCUCACAUCCAGAACUUGAAAGACAUGUCCCCCGUCAUCGUCACCCAGCUUGCAUUAGCAAUAGCAGACCUCGCCCUGCAGAUGGCCUCUUGGAAGGGCUGCGUCCACACGGCAGUCUCCAGGUACAAUAACGACGUGACAUCGCUGCCUUUCUUGCUGGAGAUCCUGACGGUACUGCCGGAGGAAGUCCACAGCCGAUCCUUGCGCAUCGGAGCCAACCGGCGCACCGAGAUCAUCGAGGACUUGGCCUUCUACUCCAGCACGGUGGUCUCGCUGCUGGUGACCUGCGUGGGGAAGGCCGGCAACGAUGAGAAGAUGCUCAUCAAGAUCUUCCGCUGCCUGGGAAGCUGGUUCAACCUCGGGGUCCUGGACAGCACCUUCAUGGCCAACAGCAAGUUGCUGUCGCUGCUCUUCGAGGUUCUGCAACAGGACAAGACGUCGUCGAAUCUUCACGAAGCCGCCUCGGACUGCGUCUGUUCGGCCCUCUACGCCAUCGAGAACGUGGACUCCAACCUGCCCCUGGCGUUGCAGCUCUUCCAGGGGGUGCUGACCCUCGAGACGGCCUACCACAUGGCCGUGGCCCGGGAGGAUCUGGACAAGGUUCUGAAUUACUGCCGGAUCUUUACUGAACUCUGCGAGACGUUCCUGGAUAAAAUCGUCUGCACUCCAGGCCACGGCCUGGGGGACUUGCGGACUAUAGAGCUGCUCUUGAUCUGCGCAGGCCACCCGCAGUAUGAGGUGGUGGAGAUUUCCUUCAACUUCUGGUAUCGGCUGGGGGAGCACCUGUACAAGACCGAGGACGCCGUCAUCCACAGCAUCUUCAAGGCCUACAUUCAGAGGCUGCUUCACGCCCUGGCGCGGCACUGCCAGCUGGAUCCAGACCACGAAGGGAUUCCCGAGGAGACGGACGACUUCGGAGAGUUCCGGAUGAGGGUAUCGGACCUGGUGAAGGACUUGAUCUUCCUCGUCGGCUCUGUGGAAUGUUUUGCCCAGCUUUAUGCAACCCUGAAGGAAGGCAACCCUUCUUGGGAAGUGACGGAAGCGGUGCUCUUCAUCAUGGCUUCGAUAGCCAAGAGCGUGGACCAGGAGAACAAUCCGACGCUGGUGGAGGUGCUGGACGGGGUGGUGCGCCUGCCCGAGACGGUACACGUGGCUGUCCGCUACACAAGCAUCGAGCUGGUCGGCGAGAUGAGCGAAGUGGUGGACAGAAACCCCCACUUCCUUGAUCCGGUGCUGGGCUUUUUGAUGAAGGGCCUCUGUGAGAAGCAGCUGGCCUCGGUCGCCGCCAAAGCCAUCCACAACAUCUGCUCCGUGUGCCGGGACCACAUGGCCCAGCACUUCAGCGGCCUGCUGGAAAUCGCCCGGUCCCUGGACUCCUUCAUGCUGUCGCCGGAGGCAGCCGUCGGGCUCCUUAAAGGAACGGCGUUGGUGCUGGCUAGGCUUCCCCUGGAGAAGAUCUCGGCGUGUCUCAGUGAACUUUGUGCCGUUCAGGUGAUGGCGCUGAAAAAGCUGCUCUCUCAGGAGCCGAGCAACGGCCUCUCCUCAGACCCCACUGUGCCCCUCGAUCGCCUUGCUGUUAUAUUUAGGCAUACCAACCCCAUUGUAGAAAAUGGGCAGACACAUCCGUGCCAAAAAGUCAUCCAGGAGAUGGUGAGCGUCUACCAAGAGCACCAGCACUCCUGUUUCCUCUACCUGGGCAGCAUCCUGGUGGACGAGUACGGGAUGGAGGAGGGCUGCCGGCAAGGGCUCCUCGACAUGCUGCAGGCUCUGUGCGUCCCCACGUUUCGGCUCAUUGAGCAACCAAAUGGCCUCCAGAACCACCCGGACACUGUGGAUGACCUCUUCCGGCUGGCAACCAGGUUCAUCCAGCGCAGCCCGAUCACGUUGCUCCGCAGCCAGGUCGUCCUUCCCAUCUUGCAGUGGGCCAUUGCUGCCACCACCCUGGACCACCGCGAUGCCAACUGCAGCGUCAUGAAGUUCUUGCGCGACCUGGUCCACACGGGCGUGGCCAACGAUCACGAAGAGGACUUUGAGGCCCGAAAGGAGCUCAUCGGGCAGGUGAUGACCCAGCUGGGACAGCAGCUCGUGAACCAGCUCCUGCAUACCAGCUGCUUCUGCCUGCCGCCUUACACCCUGCCCGACGUGGCCGAGGUGCUGUGGGAAAUCAUGCAGGUCGACAGGCCGACCUUCUGCCGCUGGCUGGAGAACUCACUGAAGGGCUUACCAAAGGAAACAUCGGGGGGAGCCAUGCAGGUGACGCACAAGCAGCUGACGGACUUCCACAAGCAGGUCACGAGCGCCGAGGAGUGCAAACAAGUUUGCUGGGCUCUGAGGGACUUCACCAGGCUGUUCCGGUAGCCUGCGCCGCCUUUGGUCCGCCUGUCUCCCAGGACUGUCUUAUUUUCAGAAGAGGAAAUAAAAACACAACCAAGACUCUGUUCCACACCCAGCAAACUUCAUUGUGGCCGAGGGCUCUGACUCGCUCUGGAGUGUCCCGCCGAACCAGAAGAGACGCUUCGCCGCGAGAUCGAGUCGGUGAAGUUCCUGCUUGUGAGUGAAAGAGAGAGAGAGGAGAAAAACUAAAAAAAAAAAAAAAAGGG